UGCCCUAGGCAAGGAUGCGCGAUGCCGAGGGCAGCCGCGGCGCCGCUCUCCUCGUCCCGGCUGGAGAGCCGGGCCCCUCACCCUCUGCCCGCGCCCCCGGGUCUGCGCCAAGGCAUCCGCCAGAGCGUCCCGGUGGCUCCCUCCCCACUUUUCCGAGAGCCACUGGUUAACCGGCAGCAGUUGCAGCAACAGGCCCGGGGGUCGUCCGGGGAAACGAGCAGGGACAGCCGCCAAGCCUCCACAGAUCCCGCGCGCUACCCAGCCCAAGACCCCGAGACGCGCGGGGCCCGGCUCCCAAAACGCCCCCUUACCCGAAGCGGGAGCAGAGGCGGUCUCCGCGGUCCCCGGUCCCAGCCGCCAAAGCCACAGCCCUCAGCCGUAGCUGCCCCACGCUGGCGGAGUGGAAAGGGUGGCUGGGUGGAGGAUGCUACUCCCGACUGAAUCGAGAGGAAGAAACGGAAACAGGAACCGCCGCCGCCGCUUAACGGAGCCUUCGGCGCCACUGACUGAGGCAGAGCGCGAGGCGGCGCGAGCCGGGCAGUCGCUGACAGCGCGAGACCGAGCGCGAGCCGGGUCCAGGGCGCGCGACCCCGAGCAGCGCCGGCCCCAUUCCGCGGGGAGAAGAAGGGACGGGUCGUCUGGGGCCGGGAGAAGGGACAGGGUGGGGAGGGGGCCUGGAGCGGAGGUAACCGGCACCUCGGGUCGGCAGGAGAUAACGCGCGCACGCGCCGGAGCAGCUCUGACAACGAGCGCAGGCGGGGAAGCCUCGGCCAGCGCCGGCGUGCGCGCGCGAAUGGGGGCGCGCGCCCCUCGGCGUUCCUGGCUUCUGGGAGAGGGCGCGCAUGCGCCGGCCGCUGCCACCUACGGCGACCCUGGCAUGUGCCAGGGCUUCUCCCCGCCUCCUUCCUCGCUGCGCCCGUGUAGAGCGUAGCUGCAGCAUCCACCGCCUAGCAGAGUCGCGGGCCACAGCGGGACGGCAGGGUUCCAGCAGGGCAGCGGCUGCGCACGCGGGCGCUGGCUCGCACACAGGCGUAGGCCGCCCUCUACCGCCUGAAGGCCGGAGGCUGAGUGGGGUGCCAGCGGAUCCAGGAUCCCGGGGGGAGAGCCGCCUCCAGAGAAUGCCGUGCUCCCUACAGUGCCAGGGACUGACCGGCCUGUGCCAGCUUAGUCGGCGGCCCUAAGGGGCACCCGCACUAGGGCUUUUGAAGCUGGCUCCUUGCUACUUUUCGGGGUGGCCGCUGCUGCUGCUCAGCCCCUGCAGCCCGCGUUUGGCCGCUCGAAUACAGCUUCCAGCGCGAUCCUACAAUGACAUCUGUCCCCCCAGGCGAUUCAGCGAAGCCCUACUUUAUUUUGUGAGAGCUGUGUUUCCACAUUCGCUCGAAGAGAAAGACCCCCCACGAGGGCCUGAGUUCGAUGCCCGGCCUCUCCCGACCCGCGGCUGCGACAGGCCCUCUGAGGCGGAAGUUUAUUUAGUAUGGCAAAGAGAACAGCACGAGGUGAGGGGAGAGGCUUUGCUGUAAGAUGCGUCCUACCCGCUCGGACUCGGAACAUUCCCGGCGCCCGCGAUGCACAGCAGUGGGCCGAAGGGCUGCCUUACAGCAGCCCAGACCGCCAGUUGAGCGCGCCGCCCCGGCACACAAAGUAGUCGCGGGCCGAGGGGGGUGCCGCCAGGGCCAAUCAGAGUCGCGCGCCGCGUGAGUGGAGUGCGAGCCGGCCAAUCAGAGGGCCGGAAGAUGAGCUUCCCGUUCCAAACUCUUCCCUUGUAUCUUUGGGAGCCAGAUCCCAAGCCUGGGGCGAAGUACGGUUGUAAGCGAAAUGGUGCCCUGAAGACAAGAAUCAUUUCUCUAGGCUUGGGCAUUUUAAAGCACAUACUGGGAAUACUUAUCCCAAAGCAGGUAGCGGCAGCCUUUUAGAUGUUACAUAGUAAAAGAUCACAGAAAAGAGAUUUAAGAGGCAGUGGCCUGUCAAGACUGCAAUCUGCCUAAUAUUCAUAAAUUCACAUAUUUAUUGAGACAUUCUUAUGUACCAGAAACUCUAUUACACAUACACAAAUAAGGUACUGCUGAUUUAAAACAAGAAAAUCCCUUGUCCUCAAGCAGCUCAGGUUCCGAGGGAGGCUUUGCUAGACCUUUUGACUCGUAUCUAUUGUCAGCUCUUUAAACAAAAAGCACUCCAUAACGUGCUGUACUUUGCAGUCGUUUUUAUGAUUGUUAUCUCCCUGUGAGCAAAGAAAAUUGAAAGUGGAGUGACUUAUCCAAGAUCACAAAAAAGAUAUUCUGGCAGAGCCAGAAUUAUGUUCUAGUUCAGUUUGUGUGUCAUUACUCAAUACAGUCAUUGAAUAACAAUUUGUAAACGCAUGGAUGCUCUCUCCCAUGAGAUUUCUGUACUAAGUGUACAAGCAGAACAAAAUUCUGGUAUAAAAGUGACACACUUUGGUUGUUGGGAAUUUACACAAAUUUUAGGCCUAUGUGGGAUCAGAGGUCAAAUCUUAUCAGUCAUACUCUAGAUAAUUUUUAGAAGUAAAAGGUGGGGUGGAUAUUUACUUUUUAGUUUAAACACAGCAUUUUUUAAAUAUUUUAACAAUCAGUGUAACCUUUUUUUUUUUUCUAAGAUAAAAGAAGCGGGAAGGAUCACUUGAGCCCAAGAGUUCCAGCCUGCAGUGCCACAUGAUGGUGCCUGUGAAUAGCCACUGCACUCCAGCCUGGGCAACAUAGCAAGACCCCCAUCUCUAAAAUAAAAAAUUAAAUUUAAAAAAA